AGUUUAGAACUUAAACCGAUUAUGCUUCACUCUAUGUGAUUCAGUACUAACAAUGGCGACUAUAGCCAGUGUUUGGCGAAGGCUAGUUACUUGCCUAUCCUCCCUUAAGUUCUAUUUGAUACUCUUGUGCCUUGUGGCCACUGUUUUUGUUCUUCUCCAAAUCUGUUCAUUUCAAAUCACUCAACAUUCCCUUUCACUCCCACCUGCACUCUUAACGUAUCUGAAACACCAACCUGAACAACAAUCUGAGAACAAGACAGCUUACUUGGUGGAAAAGCUACGUGAAUCAGUGACAUUCCUUCCACUCAAGGACAUUCGCUUUUCAAACAAGCCACUCGAAGGUCACACCUGGUUCAUGAGCUCUCUCUUAGAUAACCAGACCAAAGGCGAGGCUCAGUAUCAAGAGUUUCCUUCAGAUUCUUCCAACGGAAGGCUUUUAUGCUUGAAAGGUAUCGAUGAACAUGAUGGAUCAUGGAACUACUACGCGUUGGCUUGGCCUGAAGCUCUUCCGACCAAUGCCAUGCUUCAGGAGGGUUUGACUUUUGUUUCAUACAAUCAAUACGAUUACGGUAACUUGUGGCAUGGACUAACCGCAGCAUUCCCAUUUGUUUCUUGGAGCUUAAGAAACCAAUGUGAAAAGCCUCAAAAAUGGGUUUUAUACCACAAGGGAGAACUAAGGUACUGGAUGGGGAAUUGGUUGAGCGAAAUACUCACAGCCACUUAUGGUCAAGAGCCAGAGAUUAUACAUUUUGUUGAUAAGAACAAGCCGGUUUGCUUUGAGAAGGCAGUUGUAAUGAGACACAAUGAAGGUGGAAUGUCAAGGGAGAAAAGACUAGAGGUUUUCGACCACCUUAGAUGCAAAGUGAGAAACUACUGUAACAUCGCUUCAUCCGAGACAUCAAAACCGCGAAUCGGUAUGACAUUGCUACUGAGAACUGGAGCCAGAUCAUUCAAAAACGAGUCAGCCGUCAUCAAUGUCUUCAAAAGGGAGUGUGAGAGAGUAGAUGGGUGUGUGUUAAGUGUUUCUUAUUCGAAUAAUCUAACAUUUUGCGAGCAAGUGGAGCUGAUGAAGAGGACCGAUGUGUUGGUAUCACCACACGGUGCACAGCUGACUAACUUGUUUCUAAUGGAUAGAAAUAGUAGUGUGAUGGAGUUUUUCCCUAAAGGAUGGCUUAAGCUAGCUGGAGUUGGUCAACUUGUGUACAAAUGGGGAGCUAAUUGGUCAGGGAUGAGACAUGAAGGAGCGUGGCAUGACCCCUUUGGAGAAACAUGUAAGUUUCCUGAUACUGAUAAGCGAUGUAUGUCGUUGGUUUAUAAAAACGCUAUGAUUGGAUACAAUGAGACAUAUUUUGGUGAGUGGGCGAGACUUGUUUUGGGUAAGGUUAACAUUAGAAAGAAGGAAGAGAUUCCUGAACACAACCAUGUUUCUCUUGAUGUAUGUUCUCAAUGUUGAUGAAUAAUAAUGUAAUAUUAUUAGGCAUGGUCAAUUCUACAUCUUAUCGAUAUGUUUUGUUGUUACAACUAAAGUCCACGAGGAGGGACGUCGGAUCUGAGAUCUAAAGAGUCACAAACAUUGUUAGGUUAAUUUUUAAUAUAUUUGUUUUGACAAGUUAGAGACCAUAUGAUAUCUACUAAUAAUAGCAAUCCUGAUUAAUUCUAAAAGUUGUGAAUCUACUUAUGUUGAAAUGUUGUGUCUUUUUAACAAGAUGUGUAAAAGGUUGUGUCUUUUCUAAAAUUCAUAUAAGUAUAUUUUUAAAAGUGAAAAGUUGUGACUAUUCAUAUAAAUAUCUUUUUAAAAUAAUUAUUUUUAAAUCAAAAAGAUGUGACUAUUUAAACUGAAAAGAUGUAACUAUUCAAAUAGAUUUUUAAAAUCUAUAAAUAGUCGAUGUCUAUGCAUUUGUCAAAGUAAAAUUUGCACUAAUUACACUAAUUAUAAAAUGGUGAAAAAAAACUUCUAUGCAGAUUUUUGCUUACAAAUUUUUUAGAAAAUAUUCAAAUAAAACAUUGUCAACAAAAAAUAGUAGGACAAGUUUUACGUGUUUGGAUAGCCAAAAAUCCUAAACGAAACAAUUAGAUGAAAAGGUUUGUCUCCAACUAAACAAUACACUAAAGAAAAAAAAUUAAUUUCUUUCACUUUAAAUCUGGAAAGCAUUGUCUUCUUAGUUUCUCUCAUAUUUUAUUGUUAUUUUUCUUUUAAUAAAGCAAUCGCAAUGGUAUUCGUCGUGUUUAAAUAAAGCAGAUAGGCUUCAUAACUCAUGAGCAAAUUAAAUAAUAGGCAUGUGGCUGUGAUGUGUGAAACAAGUCAAUGAAUCUCGAGUCAUGCUAAUCACAAUUUAAGAAUUCCUCCUGAUAUAUAUAAAGUGGGUUGGCUAAAUUAUUAUGCGAUAGAAAAAAGAAUGAUCAUGCAUGAAUCGUGAUGCAUUAGAUACUGCUUGUUCCUUUAGUGUGAAGAAUAGCUAGGGCCAGUGACCACCCCACGUAGUUGUCAAACGUUGUCGCAUAAAACCAUCAUUUAGAUUUUAGAAAUUCAAACUGACUUGUAUGCGUGAUCUUGUAACGAUAGGAUCGAUCGUGUCACAUGUUUGGAGGAUGUCUUAAAGUGCAAUGGACAUAGAAUAAAGAAUGGCAUGCGCCUCUAACCAAUACAUUUUAACUCCGGUUUGCUGGUUUAUUCCAACGAGUCUAUCGUUCGUUAGAGAAAGAGGGACAGAUCUGUGAAGCUAUGAUCUUUCUUUUCACUUUUCUUUGUUGUCUCUCUGUGUCUACACGCUUGUGCUGCGUUCUGUGUCUCCACUUUCUCUCUCUCUCUUCUCUCUUCGCACCAUAAACUUUUUCAUCUUUACCAGAGAAGAAGCUAAACUUCCAAGUUUUAAUCUAUCCAAGAUAGAAACCACAUCCUAAAAGCUUCCUGUGUCUAAAACGUGCUUUCUAUUUCUGGGCAUUGAUCUAAAUCAACAAGCUAAAUAAAAAAAACUUUUUUUUUAUUUCCCUUGUUUUUUUCUCAACUACUUGAGAAAGAGUUUGUUUACGUCUCUUCAAUCUCUCUUUUCGUGACGUCGCUUAGGAGUUACAAUGGUGGUGAUGAUGAUGAAGUGGCGGCCAUGGCCGCCGUUAGUUACGAGGAAAUACGUGGUGAAGCUAUCCGUGAGGAGAUUAGAAGGGUGGGAUCUGGCGAGGGAGCCGGAGAAGGAGAGAUUGACGGUGGAGAUUCGCUGGAAAGGACCCAAGGCGACGUUUAUUUGUAGUUUGUAUCGGAUCGGAUUUUGGAUUAUGGGUAAUCGUAACCAGACGCCAUUAGGGAGAAUUAAACGCCAUUUCAUGUUUUCAAUUCCAAAUGUGGAAUUAGUUAGAAACUUAUUUGUAUCAAAUAAUAUAAGUGGGUUUUCGACGAGUACAAUAGUUUGGGGGAAUGAGUGUUGAUUUGUUUAGUAGAGGAGGUUUUAGACAGUUAACCCAAUCCCAUUUAAUGUUUAGAGUUGUGUCUUUUCACAAAAACUGAAAUUAGAUUUAUUUUUUUCAACACGUAACUAUUGGAUUCUUUUUUAAAGUAGUUAUGUAGUAUAUUAAUAGUUUUCUUCUACAAUUAAUAAUUUUAAGAGUUUUGUUUUCUUAUAAUAAAUAUUGUGUAUUUCAUAAAAAGUGUGGUUAGUUUUGUUUUUCCAACAUGCAACUAUUGGAAACGUUUUUUAAAAUAAUUAAAAUAUCACAAUAAGUUUUUUUUUGCAUUUUUUCAACAUGCAAAUAUACAAAAAAAAAUUAAUUAGUUAUAACAUCUUAACAAGUGAAUUCUUUUAAAAAGCAGCUAUAAUAUAUUAAUAAGAGUCUUUCUACAAUUAAUAACUUUAAAAGUUGCAUCUUCUUAUUACAAAAAUUGUGUCUUUUCAUUAAAAAAACAAUGAUUAUUUUUAUUUUUUCAAUGUGCAACUAUUAGAAAUGUUUUUUAAAAUAGUUAAAAUUCACAAUAAGUGUCCUUUUGUAUUUAUUUAACACGCACUUAUUAUUAUUUUUUUUAAAUUAUUUAUAACAUCUUAACAAGAAAAUUCUUUUAAAAACAGUUAUAAUAUCUUAAUAAAUGUCUUUCUACAAUUAGUAAUUUUAAGAGUCAUUUGAGUUUGGGUAGCAAAAAAUCUUAAAUGAAAUAAUGAAAUAAUUAGUCUUAAUUUUGUUUUACUAAAUGAAAAUUAAGAUAUGUUUGACAAAAAACUGAAAAACACGUUUUUAUUUUAUUUGGAAAACUGCAUUUCUUAUUAUAUAUGUUCCACUAACACAUGAUUCAUGUCUUAUAUUUUCAUGCUUUUAGAUUAUAUUAAAAAAAUUGAUCAUGACAAUGUUGUUAUAAAUUUAUAAAUAUCUGAAAUAUUCUAAUAAUUCGGUUUGUUGUGUAAUUUAAUAAUUAUUAUAAUAUUAUAUAUUUGAAGAAAAUUAUCUAUAUGGUUUUCAAUUAUAUUUCAUGGUUUGUAAUAUCAUGCUUUGGUGUGGAUAUUUUGUUCUCAUCCGGUUUCAUUUAUUCGUUUAAAGAAAAAAUUAUAGGUCAUGUUUAGAUAAUUUUAUUUAUUAAUAGAUUAAUAUUAAGAAAACUUAAACCAUGAACAUAUAUUUUUUUAUUUAUGUACAUUAUAACUUAUAUGCAUAAGUUUGAUAUAUGUACUAUUUAUUAAUAGACUAUCUAAUUAAAUGAGUUAAGUCAUUCUUUGAAAUCGUUUAAAUUAAUUAUUGCAAUUAUCUAAAUGAACUAUUGAAACUAACUAAAUGAAAUGUUACAUAUGUUGUUGAUUUUAACUAUUGGUGAUGGACCAUUGCAAUAUAUUUGGUAAUGAACCAUUGUAAUUGUUGGUAAUUGUAGCAUUUGGUGAUUGUAGUACUCGGCGAUGAGCUAUUUUGAAUUUUCGUGUUAUCUAUUGUAACCACUAACUAGCCAUUGUAAUGUUUGGUUGUCAACCAUUAAAACCCUUAGCCCUCUAAAUAAAAAAAAAAUUAGAAUAAUAAUCACAACUAAAAUAAAAAUCAUAACAAUCACAAAAUAAAUUAGGAAAAGAGAGAUUCAUUUUUAAAAGUUCAUUAAAGAUCUUGGCAAAAACAUAUAAAUUCGGAAAAUUUUAUUAGUUUGAAGAGAAUGUCAAAAUAUUUAAGGAUGUGUCUUCUCAUUCUAAAAAUUGUAUAGAUUUUUCAAAAAAAUACUUUUUCAUUUAUUUUAUAUCUAUUUAUCUACAUUUUAAAUAAUCUUUAAGAUUAUAUAAAAAAUAAUCUUGUUGUUAUAUUUGCUGAGUAAUUUAAUUCAUUUGAUAAUAUUAUAUAUUUACAAAAUUAAUAUAUUUAAUAUUUGUAUUUUCUGAAUUUCACACUAUUUGUUUUGGUCGUUUAGCCCCAAAUUUUCAGUUAAGCACAAAACUAUUAAUGCAAAAUACAUAUAUUAUCAAUAGACAAAUAUAACUGCAUGCAAGAUAUUUAUGUAAUACAUGUAUUUUUUCGAAAGCAAUUGUAACAAGUUUUAAAAAAAACAAGUUUUUAAUUGAAAAUAUAGCUUAUUUGUUUUUAUAAAAUGAGUUCCGUGCGAUAUCGCACGGGUUCUUUACUUAGUAUGUAUAAUAAUAACACUUUAAAAUUUGAUGAUUAAGUCAAAUGUUUCAUCCGGUUGUGUUUAUGAAAACAUGCCAUGUCUACAAGUAACAUAUUUUCAAACGAAUAGCAACAAAAUGGUAACAAUAUUACCCGUUUUCUAUUCUUAAUAAUAAUGAAACUAUUAGGUAAAUCUAUAAAAGGAAAAAAGAGUCAAAUGAAAUAAAAUUGUACUUUUUAAGUUUUAUCCUCUUUGAGUUGCUCCUGUAUAAACCCACGUCCACUAGGAGAAGAAACAAUCAAAUAAAACACACACAUCAAUUAACAUUUUAAGAGCUUUUUCUUUGUUGUUUCAAACACAAUGGCCUCAUCUAAAAUCUUCCUAGCCUCUUCUAUUCUCAUGGCUCUCAUGUUCUCGACCUCCAUGAUCACUUCAAGCUUUGCAAAGCAAUUUACCAAGAAACAAAUGUUAAGACGUCGAUUUUUUAGACCUCAUUUCCCCAAAACCGGUUUUCAUCUUCCAAAACCUCCUUUCCCAACCAAUCCAAUGCCAUUCCCUCAGUUCCCCAAACCCGGUUUUCCUCAGUUCCCAGGACAAGGUUUCCCAAACAAUCCUAUGCCAUUCCCUUAGUUCCCCAAACCCGGUUUUCCUCAGUUACCUGGUCUUGGUUUCCCAAAAUUCCCUCAGUUUCACAAACCAGUUUCCCAAACCAGUUUCCCCUUCUUUCCCUCCGGCAACACCCUCUGGAAACCUCAAGCCGGUUCCAUCCAUCUUGGCGCCACCCUCUCUCCCCGCAACUCCCACCACCAGCCCUAGAGUUAUCUCAUUCAGACUUAUAGUAUGUGAUUCAACUAUUGUAAUUAACAUAUUUCUGUAACCAACUCUUCCGUAUAAGUGAAGAUAAAUCAUCAACCUAAGCUAUCUGAUUAUAUGUAUUGGUGGCGUUAGGAGUAAUGAGUAUUGACUGUAUUUCUAACCAUAUAAUAAAUGAAUGACAAAUGUAUUGAGGAUAGACUGUAAGCAUCUAAUCCCACUCCAGUGGACAAAGAUGAUUAUAUCAAGAAAACCAAAAGAAGACACAUGAAUUCACAAACCAUAAAAUGACAAAACAAACGCAAGUCCCUGAAGGGAUCUCUCAAAGUCUAAACCUCAAUGAGACGUAGAAUUAGAAAAUGAUAUUUUCAACACACAACUGCAACAAAGUAAACACAUAAGCUGAUCCCAUUCCAAGAAAUGGAGUCU